GCGCGGAGCAGGCGCGCGGCCCGGGCGAGGCGCGGGCGCGGCGGCGCCGGGGCUGCAGGCGGCGAGCAUGGGGCGCGCGGCGCCCGGGGCCCUGCUGCUGGCGCUCGCGUGUCUGGCUCUUUGUCAGGGGCGCGUGGUGAGAGUGCCCAGGGGCAGCCUGGUGCGGGUGGUGGGCACCGAGCUGGUCAUCCCCUGCAAUGUCAGCGACUACGAUGGCCCCAGUGAACAGAACUUCGACUGGAGCUUCUCCCCGUUGGGCAGCAGCUACGUGGAGCUGGCCAGCACCUGGGAGGUGGGUUUUCCGGCACAGCAGUACCGCGAGCGGCUGCAGCGUGGGGAGAUCGUCCUGCGGAGAACUGCCAAUGAUGCUGUGGAGCUGCGCAUCCAGAACGUGCAACCUGCAGACCAGGGCUUCUACAAGUGCUCCACUCCCAGCACAGAUGCCACCGUGCAGGGAAACUAUGAAGACACGGUGCAGGUGCAAGUGCUGGCUGACGCCCUGCGCCUGAGCCCAGCCCUGCGACCCCUGCCCGUCCUGCGCCUGCGGGAGGGCGAGCCCUUGACGCUGCACUGUGCCGCGUCCACGGCGUCUCCGCUGCACACUCACGUGGCGCUGCGCUGGGAGGUGGCGCGCAGCGGUGUCCAGCGCGCAGUGCUGGCCCUGACGCACGAGGGCAGGUUCCGCCCAGGCCCCGGCUAUGAGCAGCGCUACCGCGCCGGGGACGUGCGCCUGGACACUGAGGGCAUCGACGGCUACCGCCUCUCCAUGGCCCGGUUGCUGUCCGCCGACCAGGGGACCUACCAUUGCGUGGUCAGCGAGUGGAUCGGCGAGCAGGGCUCCUGGCAAGAAAUUCAAGAGAAAGCUGUGGAAGUGGCCACGGUGGUGAUCCAGCCCACAGCGCUCCAAGCAGCUGUGGCCAGGAAUAUGUCUGUAACUGAAGGCACGGAGCUGGACCUAGCCUGUAACAUCACUACCGACCGAACGGAUGAUGUGCGGCCCGAGGUGACGUGGUACUACAGCAGGACUCCAGACAGCACCCUGCUGGGUUCCCACAUGCUGGCGCGGCUGGACCGGGAGUCCCUCAUGCAUAGUUCUCCUCAUGUUGCCAUCAGCCAUGUGGAUGCACGCUCCUACCACUUACUGCUCCGAGACAUUAGCAAAGAGAACUCUGGCUACUAUUUCUGCAGUGUGGCACUCUGGGCCCCUGGGCACAACAGGAGCUGGCACAAGGUGGCCGAGACCACUUCCCCCCCACACCAGGUGGAGGUGACCUGGCAAGAACCAGAUUACCAGGUGUACCUAAAUGCAUCCAAGGUGGCCGAGUUCUCGGAUGACCUCACCAAGCUGGACUGCCGGGUGGACAGCAGGAAUGCCGAGGCAGGCAUGCGUUUCACUGUGUCCUGGUACUAUCGGCUGAAUCGGCGUAGUGAUGACGCAGUGGCCAGUGAGCUGCUGGCUGUCAUGAAUGGAGACUGGACGCUCAAGUAUGGGGAGAGGAGCCAGCAGCGGGCCCGGGAUGGGGACUUCAUCUUUUCCAAGGAGCAGAGCGACACAUUCACCUUCCGAAUCCAGAGGACCACUGAGGAAGACAGAGGCAGCUACUACUGCAUCGUGUCAGCCUGGACAAGGCAGCGCAACAACAGCUGGGUGAAGAGCAAGGAGGUCUUCUCGAGGCCCGUCAACGUGUUCUGGGCCUCUGAAGACUCCAUGCUGGUGGUGAAGGCCAGACAGCUCAAGCCUUUCUUUGCCGUGGGGAACACAUUUGAGAUGAUUUGUAAAGUGUCUUCCAAGAAUAUUAAGUCGCCACGCUAUUCUGUCCUCAUCACCGCUGAGAAGCCUGUUGGCGACCUCACCAGUCCCAAUGAAACCAAGUACAUCAUCUCCCUGGACCUGGAUUCGGUGGUGAAGCUAGAGAACUGGACAGACGAGUCACGUGUGGAUGGCGUGGUGUUGGAGAAGGUUCAGGAAGACGAGUUUCGCUACCGAAUGUACCAGACUCAGGUCUCCGAUGCAGGGCUGUACCGCUGCCUGGUGACAGCCUGGUCUCCGGUCAGGGGCAGCCUAUGGAGAGAGGCGGCCACCAGCCUCUCCAAUGCUAUCGAGAUUGACUUCCCAACCUCAGGUCCUACUUUCAAUGUUUCUGUGCAUUCGGACACACCAUCGGUCAUCCGGGGAGAGCUGAUCAAAUUAUUUUGUAUCAUCACCAUGGAGGGAGCAGCUCUGGAUCCAGAUGACAUGGCCUUUGAUGUGUCCUGGUUUGCCGUGCACUCCUUCGGCCUCGACAAGGCCCCAGUGCUCCUGUCUUCCCUGGAUCAGAAGGGGAUCGUGACUACGACCCAGAGGGGCUGGAAGAGUGACCUCAGCCUGGAGCGCCUGAGCGAUCUGGAGUUCCUUCUGCGCGUGCACAGCUCAGAGGACCAGGACUUUGGCAACUAUUACUGUGCUGUGACGCCAUGGGUGAAGUCGUCCACGGGUUCCUGGCAGAAGAAGGCAGAGAUCCAGGCCAAGCCCAUCUUCAUAACGGUGAAGAUGGACGUCCUGAAUGCCUUCAAGUACCCACUGCUGAUCGGCGUGGGCCUGUCCACAGUCAUCGGGCUCCUCUCCUGCCUCAUUGGCUACUGCAGCUCUCACUGGUGCUGCAAGAAGGAGGUGCAGGACACUCGGCGUGAGCGCCGCCGCCUCAUGUCCAUGGAGAUGGACUAGGCCAGUGAUGGGGACCAUGCAAAGGGACAGGCGAGAAGGGGACCUCAAUGACUGACUGCAGUGUGUGACACUGAGGCCAGUCCACUCUAAUCUCAGGUGGGCUGUGAUCCCUCCCCGCAGCACGCCAAGCUGGCCGCGGGACCUGUUUACCAGCCCCCAGCCUGCUCCUCAUGGUACUUUACACUCCAGCCAGCAGUGUGUG